AUGCACCAAAGACCACCAUCAUCCCGCUUGGACCAACUGCAACGCAAGCCUCCCCCCGACCUAGAAGGCCUCGAGUGGGUUGGACCAAACUCCACGACGCGCUACCUCGGCGUCAUGCUCGGCCACGGCGAUCUGACCGUCGCAAACUUUGGCGACCUACUCGACAAGCUGCACGGCCAGCUGUCGAGAUGGCUCGUCCACGGACCGUCACUCCCAGGUCGUGUGCUCAUCGCCAACACCAUUGCGCUGUCCAAAGUCUGUUCCUCUGGCACCCAAGCAAAUGGUCGCGAACUCACCAGGCCAACGUCGCAGCACCAAUCAAAUCCGUGGCAUGCGGACUCGGACUCAUCCCUGUUCGGCGUCACCUCAAAGCCCUCCUCGCCCAAGCCGCCCUGGCAUGGUGUCAGCCGUAUGCUGCCCCAUGGAAGCACAUUGCUGUCCACCUCUGGUGUGCGACAGACAACCCAGCAUGCCCACUCAACGUGCUCAGGCUGGUGA